AUGCUGGCGCUUUCGAGCUGUGCGCUAGAGAUAAGUAUGUACAGAGAGGUCGUGCAGUUCGUGGAGGUCCAUGGCGCAGAAACGGGGGGAGCCUGCAGUGUUUGGCUCCUGGUGCACAACAUGGGUUUUGUCCUUAUGCAGCAGAUUGUUUGGAGCCGCAGGCAUCGCGUAAUAUGGAUGCUUGCAGCUGUCAUGCUUGCCCGGCUGCAGAUGCAGCAAGAGAUCGUCUUCGCAGGCCGCCGAGGUGUGAACAAGUACAUGGAAGAUGAAGCACGAAAAGAGGGGCUACUGCGUCGCAUGCCAGUGGCAGAAAUUGGCUGGGACGACCACAAUCUUUCCAAGGCAGAUAUCGAGUUGUUGAGCAUGAUCUCUACUGCAGCAGGCAAGCUAGACUGGUACAGGGCCAAAGCCGCUUGGGAUUCCUCUUCUCGGCUGAAGACGCCUCUGUGCAACGCGAUGAUGCAUGCCGCCUUUCGGUGUGGUCGGUAUGCAGAUGGGCGGCGCAUCUUCUGGGACAUGUGUGAGAAGGGCCUGCCCAAGAACUCGAUCACGUACAACUGUGCCAUAAGGCUUUUCUCCAUGCUUGGGCAGUAUGAACAUGCCUACGCCCUUUUCGAAGAAGCUCGGGACAAAGUAGCGGUUUCGGGUGACCCUCGGUUACUAUACCUCCUGUUCAGUGAGAUGAUAAACUCAAUGGCGGAGGCCGGCAAUGUAACUGGAGUUGGUGAGUUCCUGCAGCUUAUGACCGACAACGGCUUCCAGAUUGGUGAGGUGACUUGA